GAUUUGCUAUGUCUUAGCAAUGGACUCGAUGAUAAGCGUCCCGGUUUAUUUGCGCAAAGCUGUGUUCUGGCCUAUAGGCCUACAACCCAACGUCUUACUGGCUACAUGAACUGUCCUGUGAAGCGUCUGAUUGUUAUUCAACCGGUGGCAGUGGUUAAUGUUCACAUCAAAGAAGUGUCUGAUCGUCUUUUGACGUCUCCUUCAGACUGUAGAAAAAGACACAACUGUCUGGUCUGCCAGUUGAAUUCAGCCUCCAAGCUGCUUAUCACAUUUGAGGAUUUCACUUCUCACUCUGGGAAUUUAGUCGGCUUUCGUCUAAAUGUGUCUUCCCAGCUCCCCUCGGAAGGGGCCCAUGCUCUGGAUAAACUAUCUGCGUCACUUUCAAGCCAAAUGGCUCCGUGUCAUCGUGUUCCUCAUGUGCCUGAGUCAGGAUUAUCAGGUUGCUGGAGCGUUUGCAACUAUGGGAUCGUGGUGGUGAGUUGA